GCGAGGCGAGACGAGGCGAGGCGUGCGCGGGCGCGAUUUCUCUCACAAGGUAGUUUAAAAAUGGCGGACGACAGGUAGACGUUUCCGUCGCGGCUGCACGCGCUGCCAGGUACGGGAAACGCGCGCGCGCGCGAGUGUAUUCUCACCAGCGGCGGUGGUAUCGUCGAUCGCGGCGAAGACGCGUCAAAGUUGGACCGAAAUCUGCGUGGAUUAUGGCGUAAAUCAUGCCAUGAAGGCGCGAAGCGCGACGUGAAUGAAGUCCGGAUCACCUUGUCACCGUCGCUCGUUACAUUCCGCUGGCGCGAUUGCAAAGCGCGGAGGGAACGGGGGAGGAAGGAAAGCGGAUCAACCAUCGGCGCCGCAUGUCGAACCGCGCGCUCGCAUACGUAAAUAUAUCUGCACAAAUUACAAACACAUAACAAUGGAACACUCAGAGCUAGUGGCAGAAAUGGUACACGUUGAAAGACUGACGACGCAAGAACGGUUACAUUUGGCACGUCAUCGUAGACUACAGCAAUUGAAAGUAUGGAGACAACGUGAAAAGGAAUGGUUACGGCAUCAAACUAGGCAUACAAGUAACAAGCGGCACAUAUAUUUUAGCGAUAGUGUUAUGUUAUUAGAAGCCGCUGCAAGAAAUGAUAUCGAUGAAGUAAGACGACUUUUGAAGAAAGGUGUAAAUCCAGACUCGACAAACGAAGAUGGUUUAACGGCGCUGCAUCAAUGUUGCAUAGAUGAUAAUGAAGAAAUGAUGAAGUUACUUAUUGAAUUUGGUGCUAAUGUAAAUGCAGAAGAUAGUGAGAAAUGGACACCAUUACAUGCUGCUGCUACAUGUGGUCACUUACACUUAGUCAAAUAUCUUAUUGCCAGAGGUGCAAAUUUAUUAGCUGUUAACGCUGAUGGCAAUAUGCCAUAUGAUAUUUGCGAAGAUGAAAAAACAUUGGAUUGCAUCGAAGGAGAGAUGGCGAGGCGAGGAGUUACUCAAGAAUUAAUAGAUGAAACAAGAGCCUCAACCGAGGUUCAAAUGUUACGGGAUUUGCAAAAAAUUGCUUCUUUAGGAGGUGAUCUUGAAUAUAAGGAUCAUCAAGGUGCCACACCUCUUCACAUUGCAGCGGCAAAUGGCUACUUACGAGUUGUAGAAUUUCUUCUUGAUCAACAUGUAUCAACAGAUGUAGAGGACAAUGACAAGUGGCAGUCAGUUCACGCAGCUGCAUGUUGGGGACAUUUGGAAGUACUUGAAUUAUUGGUGCAGAAUGGAGCAGACCUAAAUGCAAAGAAUAAGCACGAUGAAACCCCUGCAGAUAUAUGUGAGGAUCCGGAAAUUAGGGAGAGAAUAGUGGAAUUGAAAACGGAACAGGAGAGUAAACGACUUCGUGAAGCACAGGGACGGAGGGUACGCAGAUCGCAGAGCAUAAAUACGCGGACACAGAGCGUGCGUCGAACAUCCAUACGAGACAAAGUUCUUACUACUAAGAAAGAUGCCCAAGAAGAAGCGCGUUUUAGGUUACAAGCACAACAGACAUACGUUGGUGCUCCUGCACCUAGUAUUCCGCCAUUGGAAAAUAAUACACAGGAAAUAGGAGACCACGAGACUGAUUCUAGCACAUUGACGUCAGCAGUGCGAAAAGGUCCCGAAGGAAAAGACAAUGAGUCUUUUCUUCAUGAAGAUGUUGAUAAAGAUUCAGUUUUCUAUGUCACUUUCCUAUUUCUUUAAAAUUAUUACAUUUCACGAUCUCUACAAUGCAUUUAAUUAUGUUAUCUUUUUUGUAUCAUAUACAUCACAUGAUACACCAAACAUUAUUUGCUCAUAGUGUACGUAAAACAUCUACGUGUGCUAUGCAUAAACGCUCUAAAAAAAGAAAAUUAAAAUAUACAUACACACAUAUACACAUCACAUCUCGUUUUAUCUACAUCCAAUCUCUUUGAUAAGACUUACAUGAUACAUGCUUUCUUAGCAUAUCUUUGUGGACCGCGCGUUAGCAAAGCUUAGCGGCCACUAACAAGCGCAAUAUAGAAUAAUAAUCAAACGAACGAUAUUUACUGUAGAUAUGUCGAAUUGUUUCUAUACUUUCUUACAUAAACUGGAGCCUAAUCGAUUUAGAGGACUAUAUAUACCAUAUUAGUAGGACGCACAAUAAGUAGAAUUUUAAAAGAUAUAUUAUUCUCUCUAUACUCUUUAUAUAUAUAUAUAUAUAGUAUUACGUGCAAGUUUUUUUUUUUUUUUUUUAGAGUAAGUAUAUAUUUAGAAGACUGUUACUUUUUCACAUUUCGUAAACUUUUGUCGGAUAAUGCGCUCACAUAGUAUAAUGAGCGAAUUUUGGGUCUAAGGCAUGACUUAACUUAAAGUAUUGAUCGCAGUUUUUUACAAAGUUUUAUGUAUAUUCGUUAUCAGAUUCUACAUUUUCGAAACGUAUUGAAAGUCGAUAGCAAACUAUCCGCUAAUCAAUAAAUGCUUCAUAUCCAUUGUAUUAUUUACCGUAUUGGAAAAAAUGGCAUAGAAUCAUAUUACUUUCUUUUUAUUAAGAUAGUCAAUCCAAAAAUAAAAAGAACAUAUCAGAUAUAUAGUGAGAUGACAAGCCAUUGGCGGACAAAUUACCAGCAGAUCUUUAUAUUUACGUUUCCUAGAUAAUGAUUCUGCUCUAGAUGAAAUAUUCUAAAAUCACUUCGUUUUUCAUUCGAUAAGAGAUCCCAAUGAUAGAUCAUGUUCAUUAUAACAAUAAUAAUGCGCAAAUAUAAUUAGAUCAAUCGUUUGUAGUAGCUGUUAAAUCAUUGGAGAAAUUUCAUUGUAGUAAAAAUGUGAAAAGACAUACAGAUAUAUCAUAGUCGUUUAAACACAGUUUCCUGCUCUUUAUAACGUAACAGCCGUGUUUGCCAUAUACAUAUCGUCUCUCUGUCUCUCUCUUUCAUAUUUAUUAGUUUUGCUUGCGUAAAACGCAACCACUUAUAAUCACGUUUAUUAUAAAUAUUGUUUAGUAAUAUACUGUGUUCGUACACCGAGAUGUGCAUAUGGUGAUCCUACUUGAUGCAAUGUUUUCGAAAUGCUUGUUGCUAAAAAGAGCAUGUCAGAGGCUUGGCGCAUGAGAUUCAUAGUUGACGUCCUCGUUUUCCUUUUUUUUUGUUUUUUUUUGUUGUUUUUUUUUUUGUUGUUUUUUUUUAAUCGGUGCAUAGGAAUAGAAAGUGGGGUAAAGGUGGAGGGACGAAAGAGUGGCGAUUGCGUCAAUCGAAAAAGUCAGCAUACUUGACGCGGGAGGGGGAGUAGCACAUUGGAUUUUUACGUGUUUGCCUGACAGCAGUGACAGGGCUUGACCCGCCGGUCGGCAGUCAGCAGCAGUCGCCGAUUUAUGCUACAGACAGCGAUACCAACGGCAAGAUCAACAUACAUGUGUCCGUUGUUUUCGUCAAAUCCUUAUCAGAUCUGAAGAAGCAACGGGCGCAGAAUCGGCACAUAUCCGGCGGCUCGUUGGACGCUAAUGGAAAUGGUAUCCCGAUGCCGGUCUCAUCCAUCUCCAAUUCCGACCUCAGCGCUGACGACUUUACGCAACGCUUCACUGGCAAUACCAGUGAGAUCGUCGGCGACAAUCACACGGAGAAGAACUGCUGCACCGUCAUGUAACGCACUUAUUUACGUAAAUCUCUCCCAAUUUCGUUUUUCCUCGUCUUCCUCACGUUAUUGCGCGAGAACAUCAACAGACUGAAUGUUUGCGCUUCUCACAAAAAAGAAAAAAAAUGAGAAUGUGUUCCUGCGAUUAUCUUCUAGUAUUUUUUUCAGAGAAGACUCAAUGUGUGUGCUGUGUUCUUAAAUUUCUACAAUUUUGCAAAUUGUACAUACAUUCAAUCCAAUUUCGAUGCGUGAUUAUUUUUUAUUGUUUAUUUAUUUAUUUUUAUUUUUUUUUUUUUAUAUUAUAUACAUGGCGCGAUAUAUUUGUACAUAUGAGAUAUAUGUAUGUAUAUAUCGCAAAUAAUAUCUGCAGCAUGUUGACAGCUUUAAAUUCGAGACAAUUAUCGCGCUGUUCUGAUAAUGCGCGAACGGCAUGUACUUAAAUCUCGUAACAAAAUAGCUUUUUCCUGCAAUUAUCACAAAAUCGUGAAAAAAUUGUAGCGUUUAAAUAAGCUUCAUGUCAACAAACGAGAAUACCUUGUUACGAUAAAGUUAAAGAACGUGUACUUACACAUUCACAGAGAUAUUGCAUUUUUCUUUAAAUUAUUUAUAACUCUUCAACGCCUAAGACAUUUAAGUAUUGUACAGACUUUUACUUUUAUUUAUUGCUAUAUUAAAAGAAAUGUAUAGAUUAUACAGUUUAGAGAGUAAGAAAUGUGUAUUACAUUUGUAGAGGUAUUGCUUGGAUGCGAUUUUUUUUCUAGUAUAUUUUUCCGUAAACAGGUAUAAGAUUAUCAAACAAACUUCCAAUGUUUUCUAUGAGACUCUAGGUGUAAGAGGAUUAAGUGAAAACCGUUUUUUAUAUCGAUUUAAAGAUUAUUUGUAAAUUUUAAUAUGUGGUAUUUAUCUAUAUUACAACUAUAGACUUCACCGUUUUUAACCGUUUUUAAUUUCUUCGUUCUACGUAUAGCAAGUCACGUACAUCACAUUUAUAACUUACAACUUGCACCUGUUUUGCCCCUUUGACGAUGCUUAAGGCGUUUAAGUUUAAAUUCCAUAUUGUGUAUCGAUAUGUAAAUUUUACGUAAAAAGUUUAUGUGUGUGUAACGCCAGAUUCAGCAAUCAAAAUAGAGUACAAUAGUGACAAAUUUCAAAAUACUCGCGUAUGUGCGUAUAGGAUUAUGUGUAAAACGAAAUAAUCCAUUUUUGCGAACGGGCGUAUUUUUUUGUAUACUUCGUGUCAAACAAUAUUGAAAUUUUAAAGAAACCUUUUGAUGGGAGUAAAUAGUACAAAUAAACACUCGUACAUUCCUCCGCGAUGCAAUAAAUGUUGCCAAAUUCUGCGUGAUUCUUGGCUGCGAUCGUAUUUCGCGAUUUAUCCUAAAUCUUGCAAUUGCGUUAAUCGUAAAAUUUUAAUACUGCCAUGAUUAUUUCAAUAUGGUAAAGAUAUUAUUUAUACUUGGUUUGAAUAUGAAUGUCUAUGACGAAGAUUGAUUUCAAUGGCUGUAUUUGAAACGAAUUUAUGUGACAUCUAUCAUCUGUUAUGUUAUUGUAAUAUAUAUAUAGUAAUGUUAUAUAUACAUAUAAAAAUAAAAUCACUGUAUAUAUGUUA